AUGGUUCACCGUAUCAACCCGGAUCCGAACGAUAUCGACACUGCCUCCGAUGACGAUGUCGCCAGCAUGUUGAACGAGUUUUGGUGGGCGGUAAUGCAAAGAUCUACCAUGUUCUGUGGAAAUGCGGGCCCGGACUUUCAGACUUUCGCAGCGCUUGUUAUCCCUGAGGCGGAGUCCUCUAUGAUGGGAAUGAGCUCUGGUGCGACUUAUCACUUUAAGAUCGCGACCUCUCCGAACCUCAAUCAGUUUCAACAGCGUCGAGCAGAUGACGCUUUGAAGGAUUUACGUACAACAUUUUGGGUGAAGAUAGGUGACGUUCAGGAAGGCGAUCAAACCGUAUAUCAGUAUACGCUGUACGAUUCCUCAGAAGAAUCUGAUAACGAUCUACUUGCUCUGGGGUUCAUGGGUGAAGCCGUCUUAGAGAUUCGACGAGCUUUUCAAAGAGGAGAACUCUACUGCAAAGUGACGGAUGAUCAGGGAAAUAUUCUUCAAGGGAUGAUCCCCCCUCGACCUGGACCUGCAGUCAGGCGACAAUUCUUCACUGGACGAAAUGUUCUACAGGAACUGAGGGACAAUGAGGUUGCGCUUAGGGGUCGUUAA